UCGAUGCGAGGUAGAUAGCAGAAACAGGGAGAAACCGGCAAUGAAUCACAUCCUCUCAUCUGCGAAAGCCUGUUCAGCAGCAUCAUCCCUUGGAUUGUGUCUCAUCCUGCUUCAUCUUCUCUGUCUAACUAAGCGAGCCGCUGUAGCCCUACUGCAGUCUAUUCGUGACUUAGUCUCCGUUUGGAGCGCUGUAAUCCACUUCUCACCGAAAUGUCCCCUACCUUUCCCAUGAGAGAGUUGCACGCGUGACGAAGUGAGAGUGUUUGAGAUACCACUUGCUGCGGUGUGGUAGGUGUAAGCUGAAAGCUGCAGAGAGGUGGGGGCACCAACGGAUAGAGUGGGACUCGUGUGGAGCGUGCUGUUUAGGUCAGUUUGACGAUAAUUUUGAUCAAUACCAAUGCCUCGCCAUUGCCGCUCAUUCUAGUGCUGAGCCCGUGGAGUAGUCUCGCUGUCAGCUUUGCCAGGCAUGGACCGACCAAAGUCACCUGCUCUUGGCAGCCUCAUGACAAACUCCGAGUCCAUGGCGUCACUGGUAUCAGAAAAGAGCCACCGGCUAUCUACACAUGUUGCGGACAGUGACAGCUGGUCAAUUUCAUCCAACAAUGAUUUGCAGAUCGUUCAAAUUGCCGAGGUGAAAGAUAUGCCGUCAGGUGAAGAUCAAGACUCGUCUAGUGUUAUGUUCUUUCAAACGGGUAGCGAUCAGCCGCCGAAUCGGACCGCUGCACCAGCCCCGGCACGUAUACCCACAUCACACGGUCAAAAUGGCAGCUUUCACAGGCCGGGCGAUGUUGUGACCACUUCAAGCGGGGAUUCUGUCACGACGGCCUCGAAGGAGAGGACCGUUGAAGAUGAGGAACUGAGUCGAGGUGUUAGUCAGGUCUCGUUCUCCGCCACCAUGAAUUCACAAGACUCUGGCUUAUCAACGUCCACACCAUCAUCUUUCGGCACGGCUGCUGGCGGCGGUGAAUUAUUUGGCUCAUACUUGAGUAGUAGUACUGACAAUCUUAUGGAUGAGAUGGAGCCCUACCUCAUGAGCAGUGUGGUGACUCUGAUGGUGCGCAUACCAGCGUAUAUCGCUCCAGGGCAGAAGGGUCGCGGCAAGAUCCUCAAGUGCACCUUCUCUCCCCAUUCCAGUGUUUAUCAAGUGCGCUUUACUAUCACAGAGACGAUCCAAAAUGAAACUCCUAUAUCGCUUAGCCAUCUAAGGCUAUGUCGCCAGCUGCCGGAUGGCUCGUGGCAGUGGUUAGAUGAACAGCGAUGUCUAGGUGUUCAUGGUAUUCUGACUGAGGCACAGCUGGAGAUGAAGGAGAUCGAAGCGCACUUCCGUGACGUGAUCAUCAAUAUCCCCCAGCUUGGCAAUCAGGUGAACUUGGAGUACGACCAGUUUUCACUGGUGCAGGACAUUCUGGAUGCCGUCUUGAGAAUUCACGAUGAGCAGCUCAACGCGUCGUCCCAUAGCUAUGCACUCUACCAUGUACGACAUAAGACCAGGCUCAGCUUGACGGAAAGCAUGGUCUUCUAUGAAAUUCUGUCCACGGACAAGCUAGAGUUAAAAAUGGUUCAGGGCCGUGCCAAGAUGGUGGUGCUGACUGUUGAUAUUCCUGAAGCGAAAAGCCAACGUAAAAUUAGAGCGUCCCUUGAUCAGACUGUCGGAGACUUGAUGAGCACUUUGAUACGGCGCCUGACCGACAUCAGUGAGCGAGCUUGGCAGUACUUCUCCCUGUAUCUGAAACCUCGCACGGGCCGGCGUAGCAAGGGAAUGUGGAUGGAGGAGUACAAGUUCCUAUCCACAUACAACCUUGACGAACAGGACGUCCUUGAGUACCGUCCCAAGUAUAGACUAUUCUCCUUUCAACUUCGAGUCUUUCCACCUUGCCCAUCGGUGCCAAUGUAUAAUUCAGACGAAGAUGCUCUCCUGUCAGCGGCAUCUUCAGGAGGCCUCCCGGGAACUUCCAAUAAGCCGGCGUUUGAUCCAAACUACCCGCGACUUCUUGUCGAUGAGACGACUACAAACAAACAAGUGGUGGAGCUACUCAGCAAUGCCUGCGGCUUUGAGUACCCUGCAUCCUGGUAUGGCCUGUUUGAUCAGAAUGGUGCUGAGCUGCCCCGGGACAAGCAGAUCUGGGACCUGGUGCCUCGCACCGGUGUGGAACAACAGGAUACAAACUUCUGCAUCCAUAUGCGCUAUCACAGCAUCAAGGUAUCACAAGACGCCGAACCAGACAGUGAAAUGCAGCUAUCAGUGGACCUGAGCUGGCCCGUGUCUCAUAUGCGUGAUCUACUCAGUCGACGAUGCGGUAUUCGUGAUCCACAUAGCUGCGGUGUACUCUUCAGAGGUAGCUUCUUGCAGCCCAACAUUUCUCUGCUGAAGCAGGAUGUAACGGAAGGUGCACACGUGACCCUGAAGUAUCUGAGUGCCGAAGAUCCGUGGGAGAAUAGUCCAAGCAUCGGACCAAGCAUUGAUGACCCGUAUGACGAUGAACCGGGAAGCUCCGUGGACACCACGUUUGACUCAUCGUACCUUCAGCACGUUCUUCAGACAAGUGGAAGACCGAAGCCACAGCAGCCAUCGAACCGUCAAGUCUAUGUCAAACCCUCUGAUGAUCGGCCGUUCUGGGAUGAGCCGCCUGACUCUGACGACAACAUCCGCUUUCAAAAGGAGAACGGCCGUGAUGUGGUGACGGCAGGUACUUUCAACAAGCUUGUGGAGCGCCUUACUCACAGUGACAUGAGUGAUUUGGACUUUGCCCACACGUUCAUGGCAACCUAUCAGAACUUCACCAAGCCGGAGAAGCUGUUUAGCAAGCUGCUGGAGCGCUACUCCGCAGUAAGAUCAGACAGCAUGACCUUCAAGGAGUUCAGUGCAUUCAGAACCAACAUCCAGGUGCGCACCAUCAACGCCAUUCGCAUGUGGCUUGACACGGCCGGGGAUGAUUUCGUGAACAACGACAGCCUGCUGCAACGCAUUCUCGACUACACAGACGACGUUGUGAUGGUGGACUGGGGAAAGUUUGCCGGUGGAAUGCGCACCAGGAUAAACGAACUGCGGAAAGGGCAAACGAAGAAGAAUCGAAAGGCAACGUCCCUGGAUCCACCUCCAAGGCCUAUCUUGCCCAGCAAUGUUGGCACGAAAGUCAGCUUGUUUGCGUUCGAACCUGAGGAGAUUGCCAGGCAGAUGAGCUUGAUCGAUUUCAAGAUCUACAGCACAAUCUUGCCACACGAGUUCCUGAAUCAGUGCUGGGCCAAGCCAAAGUACAAGGAUCGCGCCGUCAACCUGUUGAGAAUGAUCGACCGCAUGAACACCGUCACUUUCUGGGUGGCGACUACUAUCUUGUCGCAGAAGGACAAGUAUGGAAGAGCAAAGCGGAUCACCAGCUUUCUGCAGAUUGCAGAGCAACUACACAAGAUGAAGAACUACCUGACAAUGAUGUCUGUAUUGUCCGGCUUGCAACAUUCCUCUAUCAUGCGACUGAAGAAAACGUACGACAAGGUGGACAAGAAACACAUGAAGGUACUCACUGAGCUGUGCGAGUUGAUCAUACCUGGCAAGAACUUCAGGCAGCUGAGGGAACUGCAGGAUAAUGCAGUCCCACCCAGUAUGCCGUAUAUCGGCAUCUUCAUGGCCGACCUGACAUUCAUCGACACGGGUAAUGAUAAUCUGCUGCCCGGUGGUCUCAUCAAUUUCUCAAAGUGCAGACUCAUCUACUCGCAGAUUCGCCAGAUCCUGGCAGCGCAGAACACGCCGUACAACUUUGAAGCCAUUCCCAGCCUUGAAGAAUCUCUGACGAAAAUGCACGUUCUCAAUCCGGACAUCCUUGGCGAGAUGUCACUUCAACGUGAACCCAGGUAAAAGGCACACUUUAGCCUACAGCCAAUUCAAUUCUGCUGUAACCCCUCCCCCUGCAAAUCAUUGAAAAUACCCCAGACAAUUUGAACAAGUUCUUUUACUUAUCCGUCAGCUGACUUGCUAUUCAACCUCCAGUUUCUUUCUACUCCUUUCCCAGUACAGUGUACCAAUAUAAAUAAACCAUGCUAAUGUCUUGAUGAAGCUUUCUCCCUUUUAGCAAGAUUUUACCACAUUUUUACCACAUUUUAUAACAGUUCAGGAGUGUAGGAGUUUCCAUAAAGGAGUGCAGGAGUUUCCAUAAAAACCCGUUCACUCAAUCCAGUGGAGAUGACGGUUGUGCAUCUGAUGUGUGUUUUUAUCUGUUUGCUUUAUUGCUUUAUACGAUCUGUGCACUGGCUUAUUCAUCUUUUUCCAAGGCUGGGCUGAGCAAAAUCUUGAGAUGUUUAUUUUUAUGCACAUCCAAGUUGUAAUUAUCCUGCCAUCUCCACCACCUACCUACAUUUCCGAAUGAAGAUGUUUGUAAGAACAGCUGUUAUCUUUUUGCUUCUUGCCGUUGCUAAUUUAAUACAUGCUCUCCUGCGGACAUGACAGCACCAGGCUUUUCGUGGCAUUCUUAUGAGCUCACACGGUUUGUGUGCAAUCCCAAUCAACACUGUGUGCUGGUAGUCCACAAUACUACUACUGUACAUGAUUGUA